CGUUAAUCAUUCGAGAUCAACGCCUCAAGCCUUUGAGCCACCAAGAUUAGGUAUUUAUCACGGGCAACAGCUGCAAUUUUCAUUUGUGAUUGUCUGUUCUUGGAUUUCCAUUCAUCCCAGAAAACAAAUCCUUCUUCUCGGUACAUCUAUCGAAAAAAGCACACGAAACCUAUCCUCGAAAGCAACUUAGCUUCUUACACGAAUAGUCACAAAGAAACUCAUCCUCCAUCACAUACACAAUGUCUUUCGCCGUUCGCCGUGUCGCCCUUGCUUCCCGCACAGCCGUCUCGACUGUGCCAAGGGCAUCAUUCACCACUGGCUCGAUUCUCAACAAGACCCCCACAGAGUCCGUCAAGGAUGGCUUGAAGAAGGUCGACCGCGUCGUAAGCGACAAGCUCGUCGACGGAAUCAACGUCGCUGCCAACGUUGGUCAGAAGGCGAAGGAGGUCACCGAAGACAUGUCCUCGAGCGAGGCUGCAGGCAAGGCCAGCGAGCUUGCCGGAGAGGCGAAGGGCAAGGCUAGUCAGCUGGCGGGACAGGCCCAAGGAAAGGCGAGCGAGAUGGCCGGCCAGGCCAAGGGUAAGGCCGCCGAGGUUCAGGGUCAGGCUCAAGGAAAGGCCGAGGAGGUUAAGAGCAAGAUGUAAUCCGGUUUGAAUGAGGUUCUACGCGGGAUGUGGUGUGUUUUCAUUUUACGUAUGGCGUUUCACGGAUUGCAUCGAGUCAGUUUAAUUUCGUUUGGCGUGUAAGAUAAAAAUUUACAAAUAUGCCGCCCACUUGCAACUCGCCAUCUCAUCGGUCAAUUUGGAAAAGUUAUGCGGAAUUGUGUUGCGUCGUCGUCUCUUUAUACAAUGAGUUGCGGU